UCGGUUUUGUGCAGCCCAACGAGUGACAUUUUAGGACGGAAAUGACUUUUUGUCAUGGCGGGGAAAUGAAAUUUCGGGAUAACUGGGGGAAAAGAAAUGGCGGGAAAUUUUGUUAUAAUCUAUAAAUUACACGCCUUGUUGCGAAUAAUUCUAAGACCUUAUUUAUUAUUCUAGGGUAAAAAAGAGUUCCCUGUUCUCUAUCGCACACUCUCUCUCAAUCGACUGAAAUGGGUAGAAAGAAGAAAACUAGGGUUUCUGAAGAAUCAGAAGAUGAGAUUCAAGAAGAUAUCAGCCAAUCUUCUUCGUCUAAAGACAAAAGCUUGUACGAGAUUCUUGGUGUAGAGAAGACGGCAUCUCAACAAGAGAUAAAGAAGGCAUACUAUAAGUUGGCAUUGCGCCUUCAUCCAGAUAAGAACCCUGAUGAUGAGGAAGCAAAAGAGAAAUUUCAGCAACUGCAAAAGGUGAUCUCAAUUCUUGGAGAUGAGGAGAAAAGGGCACUGUAUGAUGAGACUGGUUGUGUUGAUGAUGCUGAUUUUGCUGGUGAUGUUGCUCAAAACAUGCAAGAGUAUUUCAGAACAGUGUUCAAAAAGGUCACUGAAGCUGAUAUUGAAGAGUUUGAGGCCACCUAUAGAGGAUCUGAAUCAGAAAUUAAGGAUUUGAAGGAACUAUAUCAGAAGCACAAGGGUAACAUGAACAGGGUUUUCUGUUCAAUGCUCUGUUCAGAUCCUAAGUUGGAUUCACACCGUUUUAGAGAUAUCCUUAAUGAGGCAAUAGCUGCUGAUGAGCUCAAGGAAACUAAAGCCUACAAGCGUUGGGUGAAACAAGUUGAUGAAAUGAAACCUCCAACAGAACGUAAAAAAAAAUCUAACAAACUUCCAAAGGCAGAAUCAGAGAAUCUUCUUGCGGUGAUUACUCAGCGAAGGAGCCAAAGGAAACAACAGUUUGAUUCUAUGUUCUCGUCCAUGGUGUCAAGGUAUAGCGGAAGCAAGUCAGAAUCUGAAUCUGCUGAACCCUCUGAAGACGGGUUUGAAGCUGCACGUAAAAGACUUGAAAGCGGCAAGAAGACUAAGAAGGGAAGACACAAGUAAAUAAGUAAUAACGUUUUAUAAAUAUUGCUGCGACUUUUGCUUUUGAAUGAUCUGCACCUGAUUUUCUCUUAUGUGUGUCUAUGUGCAACAACUUUACAUUGAUUGUCUUCUGCAGUUUGUGCUCAUCAGAUUUUUUUUGCUCAAUCAAAAUUGCAUUUUAUUAA